GACUGUAAUGGAGACACAUUAUUUCAUUGUGCACCUCCUGAAUGUGAGUUUUUGUUAGACUCAUUAUCAACAUGGGGGCCAGUGGUUUCCUGAGUGAAGAUCAGAUCAAUGAUCUCUCUUAUGUGUACAUAGUGUUACUAACUCCCAGUGUGAUAGGGAGUUUCUCCGUUUUGGUGAUUUCGAUUGUAAGAUGGCGACAUCUGAGAGAACAGGUACAACUACUGGUGCAACUUUCCCUGGCAGAUCUCCUGGCUGCUCUGAUCCUGAUGUUCACGAGUGUCAUGAACACAGUCAGAACCGACAACAGUGUGGUUAUCUGCCAUUACAGCCUGCCCCUGUCACUGACAUUUUAUUUCAUUUCAUUCCUGCUGGUGGUUGUUUACGCCUGGAAGUCAAAGAAUUCUCUCCAAGGAUGGAGGGAAAGUGCAACAGAUGAUGAGGGUGGACUGAUUCAGUGCAGAAGAAAAAUAGUAGCUAUACCUGUGUAUAGCAUUGUGUGGUCAACUCCACUUGUGUUAUACUUAGCAUAUGUGCUUCAUGGUUUAAUGACAGCCAGUUUAGUGAUUCCUAUGAGCGACAAAUCACUGAAUGAGAUCCGGCAGAAUCACAGCUCGUACUGCACCAGCUGCAUUUUGUUCCUGCAUGUCUGGAAGGAUCCCUGUCCAGACGCUGAGCAAAUCCAUCACACUUUCGUCAAAGCAUUCCUUUUCUUGGUGGUGCUACCAGUGAUGCUAUCUUGCACGGUUAUUUACUAUAAGGUUGGGAGGUGGUAUAAAAGACAUGAGCAGGAGGGGCUUUUCCCGGUGGAGGGAGACGGCCUCUCAAGGAGGCGGAUCAAAAAUCUGUGUUCAACUGCGCGGAAUAUGGUGGUGGUCAUCUUAAUCUGUUGGACUCCAGCUCUUGUCCUCAUUCUGCUAUCUACCCUGAUGAAAUGGACCACUAUUGAACAACGCAGCCUAUUUGGCAUCUACAUGGUGCAGGCGGCCACUAUGUCACUCCAAGGUUUCCUCAACAGUAUGGUCUACGCCUGGAGACGGCCCAACUUCACAGAAGCCGUUCUUGGGGAAAAGACGCCUCUGGUGGCAUACAACCACAUGGCCUUCUUUGAUGAGUCAUUGAGGACCUCCUGAUAGCCGAUGUGUCAUUUUUGUGCUGCAGCAUGUUGUUCUGGCCUUAAAGAGACAAACUGCUCACUUCAUUAUUUAAUGACAGUUAAGACUGAAGCACAAACAGUUCUCAUUUUUGCACUAAACGUGAAAAAAAAACACAACAACACGAAGAAGUAAACACAAACUUAAAGGACUUUGUCAAGUAUUAAACAGACACUGCUAGAAAGUAGCAUAUAUUUUGGAGGGCAUGCAGGAUUAAAUGCAGUCUUUGUAAAUUAUACUAUUUUAUUUAUACAUUUCUUGUUGAUGUACUGUUUUAUCAAAUAUUUUAAAAACAUCAGAGAAUUUU